CUUUGUCUCAAAAAAAAAAAAGAAAAUUCUGUAUGGGGUAAAACCCACAAAAUUAAAAGAAAAACAGACUACUAAAACUUAUUUGUAUACUUCACAAAGGACUAAUUUUUUCUUAAUAUGCAAAGAGCUCCUAGAAAAUAAUCCAAUAGCAAAUGAGCAAAGAGAAUUCAUAUGAAAAGAUGUACAGUUUUAUUUAUAAUAAAGAUGUAAAUUAAAGCUACAGCAUACUGUUUAUCACCUAUCAAAUUAGCAAAGAUUGGUUACAUAGUAUAAUUUAGGGAGAGUGAGAAGAAGGGGAAAUGGGCAAUCUCCUACAUUGCUGGUGGGAAUAUAAAGUGUUCAUGUUCUGUGGAAAGCAAUUUGGAAGUCAUUUUCAAAAUUAUAAAUGCACAUAUAUUUUGCUCUAGCAAUUCCAUUCUAGGAUUUUAUUCUCUAGAUUUUUGUAUAUGUGUCAAAAAUAUGUGGAGUGUAUUUGCAGCAGCAUUAUUUGUCAUUGCAAAAGAUUGGAAACAGUGUAAACAUACAUCAGUUAAGUAAAUUAUGGUAUGUCUAUCAAUGGAAUACUAGACAGCCCUUAAAAAUAAUGAGGCAAUACUAUGAGUACUGCUAUGGUGCCAUUUCUAAGAUAUGAGAGAACCACCUCAAGAUGUAAGACUCCAAGUGUAGUAUGCUCCCAUUUGUGUGGUUUAAAUAUGUAUAUAUAGGUGGUUAUAGAAUGUAAUGUGUAUGUACAGUUAUGUCUAAAAGGAUACACGAGAGUUUGGUGACAGUGAUUGCCUCCAAUGAGUAGAACUGGUGACAUACAAGACAAAAGUGGAUUAACUUUUGGGGGGAUAUACUGUUUGGUAAUUUAAAAAUUUUUUUUUGCCAUGUGCAUGUAAUAUUCAGAGUUAAUAUUUUUUAAGUAAUGUUUACAGGAAUUGGUAAAGAAGAAAAAAUUAAAAGGCCAUAAUAAUUGUAAACAGAUAUUUACUGCAAUAUGUGUUUAAUUUUAGGUUUUAUUAGAGGUCUUCUAAUUCAUAGCUUUCAGUUGAUGUUACAUGGCUCACUGGAGAGUAGCCAUGUAACCACAGUAGUGGAAUGGGGGCCGAAGAAAGGCUUUGGGGUUCUUGUAAACAGCAGGAUGAGUGACAACCAGCAGUUACUGCUCCUUUUGAUACUUUAAGUGCUUUAAAGGAGGUGCUUUACUACUUAGAGUCUACUUCAGCAACUAAUCACAGUGUCCAGCUGCCUCUUGUGGAAAAGGGAUCAUGGAGCUGCUAUUGGAGUUUGUAUUCAGGGUGCCACCCAGGGCAGCGUGCAGCCUACUGAUGACGAGAGGACAGGGAAACAGGGAGGGUGUCCCUAGGGGGGCCCCACUCCAGGCUUGAAUCUCUUGUGUACACCUGUAUUGAAUCUUGCUUGCCAAGUGUGUUUGAUGUGCCAUUUUAGCUUGCUGCAAAGUGACUGCUUGAUAGUGUACGUGUGUUCUUAAAAAAUAAAGCUACCAUUGUCAUUUUGAAAUACUGUUCUUGAUGUGAAAAAGUUUGGAUUGGAAAUUCAUUCAUAUUAUGAAUUUCAGCAUUACAUAAGUCAAAGAAUAUCUCUAUAAAUUUAAUUUUUUUCUGUAAUUAUACAAAGAAAAUAUGGUAAUUUUUUUUAUGAUGUAGAAAAGGUUGGGAAGCAGCAUUCUAGUCAAAUCUACUUGUUUUAUAUAAAGAAAACUGCAAUUUAGUUAGGUAGGCUCAGGAAUUUGUCCAUUAUCCUAUAGUUGUCUAUUAUCCUAUGGUUGGUGUGGGGCUGGAUUUGAAAAUUGAGGAUCUUGACACUCAGCUUUCACUGCCUCACACUGACCCCUCAAAUGUGAUGGAAUAUUGGAGGAAGGCAUUGAUGAUAAUUGAAAGAUGAAAAUAUAGAACCUUGGAGGAAUUAUUAAAAGAAAGAACUACACAUAAAUAGCUUAGAAAUCUUUGAGGACCUACUAUAUCUAAUGGUAUUUAGAAUCUUUUUGUAGAAUAUAAUAAAUUAUGGUAGGAUUUUUGUGAUGAUUUUAGCUAUAUCUUUUAAGAAAUGGAUAAUAAAUAAAAGUUCGACUAUAGCAGUUUAGGAAUAUAGGAAUUUAGGAUAGAUAUAAACAAAAAUUGAUACUAAAAUUAUAUGUAUAUAGUUUCCCCCCAAAAGGGGGGAGGGAAUCUAUGAGGCCUUUCAGGUCUCUGGUGUUAUAAUUAAAUUUUCUCUUGCUUUUGGUUGGAUUAAAAUUUACUAAUUAAAAAUAAUCUAAGUGAAAGUAGGUUGGGUUUAAGUAGGUUUCAGAGGAUGUUGCCAUUAGCCCUAAAUGUUUCAAAGAAAUACUUAGAAACUUACAAAGUGAGAAAUGUACUGUGGUAUGAGAUAUAUUACUUUGGUACCUGGCUACCAUUUUAACACCAUACUGGUACUAAAAGAAGAAAUUAUGGGAUGUAAGGAACAGUGGACUUUGGAUAAAAUUGUUUUAACUUGUAAUUUCCAUGUAAAUAGAGAUAAGGCAGGAGUGGGUAUCUUAGGCAGUUAAGAAGAACUCCACUGUCCAAAAAUGAUGUGGAUGCAUUUUGGAGACCAAAACAAAUUAUAAGUGAAAUUAAGACCCUCUGUUUAACCUUUCGUGUUUUUUGUUUUGUUUUUGUUUUUUGUGGUUUUUUUUGUCAUUCCUUUUAAGCUUUUCAAAUGAUCUAUAUUUUUUCCAGUUCUCUGUAGGUUUUUUUAAUUUUUUAAUGAAAAAUAUUUUGUUGCUUAAUUAGUAGUAUUGGUAAACUGGACUGUUUUCUGGAGCAGAAAUUGAAUAUAUGCCUAACAAAGUAAAUUCUGAGAAAAAUGGGUAGUAAUUGUCAAUGGAAAAUUUAGACACCCAUCUUUUUUUGGCCAAUUUAAUUUUGUUUUUAGAUGAUAGUUUUCAGAAAUACUAAGAAUUUGAGGUCUAUUUACUUGGGAACAGUUACUUGAUUUUCUUUGGGUUUAGAAAGCAUUUACUAUAUUAAACUAUUCAAAUAAUAAAAGAAAGUGUGUUACCUCAAAAAUGCCUUGUGUAAUAUAUAACAGUUCACAGGUUUUCUGUUUUCUUCUAUUUACUACAAUUACCAAGGAAAUAAAACAAAAAUUAAAAGAAAUACCUUAUUUUGCAUAUAUAUUUACACUUAAAAGUAAUAUAUAUUAAAUUAGGUUUUGUUUGAGAUGGUGAAAUGAAAGACUUUGUAAAUAAGAAUACAUGUUGAUAUGUGAAAGAAUGUAAAGUUAAAACAUGUUGGCAUACUCCUAGUUUCUCAGAACAAGAAAAUGACUAAUCUAAAUUUCAUUUCAGAAUAAAAACCAAGACAAGCCACAUAAAAGCAACCUAAAAAUUAAACUGUCAUCAUAUUAUUUGUUUUAAAACUAUGGAAUAAUAUAUCUGAGGAAGAUUUCUCUCAAAAUUGUUUUUCUCAAUUUCAAGUCAGAAGACAUGUCUUCAUCUACAUGGCAUCUUUCCUUACCUCUAUGUACCAUACGAUGGUUAUGGACAGCAGCCAGAAAGCUAUCUUUCUCAGAUGGCAUUCAGUAUCGACAGAGCACUUAAUGUGGCUUUAGGCAAUCCAUCUUCCACUGCUCAGCAUGUGUUCAAAGUGUCAUUAGUAUCAGGAAUGCCUUUUUAUGGUUAUCAUGAGAAGGAAAGACAUUUUAUGAAGAUCUAUCUUUACAAUCCUGCAAUGGUGAAAAGGAUAUGUGAACUUUUGCAAAGUGGAGCCAUAAUGAAUAAAUUUUACCAGCCUCAUGAAGCGCAUAUUCCCUACCUCCUACAGCUCUUCAUUGACUACAAUCUUUAUGGAAUGAAUUUAAUAAAUCUGGCUGCUGUCAAGUUCCGAAAAGCAAGAAGGAAAAGUGACACAUUGCAUGCAACUGGAUCAUGUAAGAAUCGGUUAUCAGGAAAUUCUCUUGGUGGUACUUUAUUUCGGUGGGAAAAAGAUGAAAUACCAAGCUCUUUAAUACUGGAAGGUGUUGAACCACAGAGUACAUGUGAAUUAGAAGUGGAUGCUGUAGCUGCUGACAUCUUAAAUCGGCUGGACAUUGAAGCUCAAAUUGGUGCAAACCCUGGUCUACAGGCCAUCUGGGAAGAUGAAAAACAACGGCGAAGAAACAGAAAUGAAACCUCUCAAAUUAGUCAACCUGAAUCACAAGAUCGCAGGUUUGUGCCCGCAACAGAAAGUGAAAAAAAAUUUCAGAAGAGACUUCAGGAAAUUCUCAAACAGAAUGAUUUCUCUGUCAGAACAUUAUCAGGAUCUGUGGACUACAGUGAUGGAUCCCAGGAUUUCUCAGCUGAAUUAACAUUGCACUCUGAGGUUCUGUCUCCUGAAAUGCUUCAGUGUACACCAGCCAAUAUGAUAGAAGUCCACAAAGACACAGAGUUGAGCAAAGGUCACAUUAGACACAAAGUGGAGGAAGCCCUUAUUAAUGAAGAAGCAAUUUUGAACCUCAUGGAAAAUAGUCAGACUUUUCAGCCUUUGACCCAAAGACUGAGUGAGUCACCAGUUUUCAUGGACAGCAGUCCUGAUGAGGCUCUGGUACAUCUUCUUGCUGGUUUGGAAAGUGAUGGAUAUCAGGGGGAAAGAAAUAGGAUGCCAUCACCAUGUCACUCCUUUGGAAAUAAUAAAUAUCCCCAAAAUAGUGAUGAUGAAGAAAAUGAACCACAGAUUGAAAAAGAGGAAAUGGAGCUUAGUUUGGUGAUGUCCCAGAGAUGGGACAGCAAUAUAGAAGAACAUUGUGCCAAAAAGAGAUCACUGUGCAGAAAUACCCACAGAAGUUCAACGGAAGAUGAAGACUCAUCUUCAGAAGAAGAAAUGGAAUGGAGUGAUAACAGUUUGCUUCUAGCCAAUCUUUCUAUACCUCAGUUAGAUGGAACUGCAGAUGAAAAUAGUGACAAUCCAUUGAACAAUGAAAAUUCUAGAACCCACUCUUCUGUGAUUGCAACAAGCAAGCUAUCAGUAAAACCCUCCAUCUUUCACAAAGAUGCUGCUACAUUAGAACCCCCAUCUUCUGCUAAGAUUACCUUUCAGUGUAAACACACAAGUGCCCUUUCUUCCCAUGUUUUGAACAAGGAAGAUUUAAUUGAAGACCUUUCACAGCCAAACAACAUAGAAAAAGGUCUAGAUAAUUCAGUCACUUCUUUUACAAAUGAAAGCACUUACUCUAUGAAAUACCCUGGAUCUUUAAGCAGUACUGUUCAUUCAGAAAAUUCUCAUAAAGAGAGUAAUAAGAAAGAUAUCCUCCCAGUAUCUUCCUGUGAAACUAGUGUUUUUGAUUAUGAUGAAGAUAUUCCAUCUGUUACAAGACAAGUACCAAGUAGAAAGUAUACAAACAUUAGAAAGAUUGAAAAGGAUGCCCCUUUUAUACAUAUGCACCGUCACCCUAAUGAGAAUACAUUGAGCAAAAACUCUUUCAACUUUUCUGACUUAAGUCAUUCAAAAAAUAAAUUAUCCUCUGAAGGAAAUGAAAAAGGAAACAGCACAGCUUUGAAUAGUUUAUUCCCUUCGCCAUUUACUGAAAAUUGUGAAUUGCUAUCAUGCUCAGGAGAGAAUAGAACUAUGGUACAUUCUCUUAGUAGCAUUGCUGAUGAAAGUGGACUAAAUAAACUUAAAAUUAGAUAUGAAGAAUUUCAAGAACAUAAAACAGAAAAACCAAGCCUCAGCCAGCAAGCAGCACAUUAUAUGUUUUUUCCCAGUGUUGUUCUUUCUAAUUGUCUCACUAGACCACAGAAACUGUCUCCUGUCACUUAUAAACUACAACCUGGCAAUAGACCAUCCCGAUUAAAACUGAGUAAAAAGAAACUUGUAAGUCAUCAGGAGCCUUCUACCAAAAGUAAUGAGACUAGAUCCACAAAAGAUAACUGUAUACAAAAUAAUUCUUGUAAUAAUAAUCCUGAGAAGGAUAAUGUAUUGGCCAGUGAUUUAAUUAAAACCACUCGUGGAGCUUUUGAAACUAAAACACCUACAGAUGGUUUGAUAGACUGUCACUUUGGAGAUGGAAGCUUAGAAACUGAGCAAUCCUUUGGACUGUAUGGAAAUAAAUAUACACUUAGAGCCAAACGCAAGGUAAAUUAUGAGACCGAAGAUAGUGAGUCAAGUUUUGUGACACACAACUCAAAAAUUAGCCUACCUCAUCCUGUGGAAAUUGGUGACAGUUUAGAUGGAACUCUCAAAUCUCGAAAACGAAGAAAAAUGUCUAAAAAGCUGCCUCCUGUCAUUAUAAAGUAUAUUAUUAUUAACAGAUUUAGAGGAAGAAAAAAUAUGCUUGUGAAGCUAGGAAAAAUAGACUCUAAAGAAAAACAAGUAACAUUAACAGAGGAAAAAAUAGAACUAUAUAAAAAGCUUGCACCUUUGAAGGAUUUUUGGCCAAAAGUUCCUGACUCCCCUGCAACCAAAUAUCCCAUUUAUCCACUAACACCAAAGAAAAGUCACAGAAGAAAGUCAAAACAUAAGUCUGCUAAGAAAAAAACUGGUAAGCAACAAAGGACAAAUAGUGAAAAUAUUAAAAGAACUUUGUCUUUCAGAAAAAAACGGUCACAUGCUAUUCUUUCUCCUCCUUCACCAUCUUAUAAUGCUGAAACCGAAGACUGUGACUUGAAUUAUUGCGAUGUUAUGUCUAAACUAGGUUUUCUUUCUGAGAGAAGCACAAGUCCCAUAAAUUCCUCUCCACCUCGCUGCUGGUCUCCCACAGAUCCAAGAGCUGAAGAAAUUAUGGCUGCUGCAGAAAAAGAAGCAAUGCUUUUUAAGGGUCCCAAUGCAUAUAAUAGUAAGACUGUUAAUUCCCGUAUAGGAAAAAAUAGUCGAGCGAGAGCGCAGGUUAAGAAAUCAAAAGCAAAGCUUAUUAAUCCCUCUGUAGUUACUAAGAAAAGGAACAAACGAAAUCAGACAAAUAAACUAGUAGAUGAUGGAAAAAAGAAACCAAGAGCAAAACAGAAACAAAAAACAAAUGAGAAAGGUACAUCAAGAAAGCACAUAACACUUAAGGAUGAAAAAAUAAAAUCUCAGUCUGGUGCUGAAGUUAAGUUUGUACUAAAACACCAGAAUGUGUCUGAGCUCACAAACAGUUCUGGAGGCUCUCUACUUUUUAAACAGAAAGAUGCACCACUAAUAGGCUCUACUGUAGAUCAUCCUCUUUCUGCUCCCCUACCCACUGGAAUUAUUGCACAACAGAAGUUAUCUGGAUGCUUUUCUUCUUUCUUAGAAAGUAAGAAGUCUAUAGAUUUGCAAACGUUCCCCAGUUCACGAGAUGAUUUGCAUCCAUCAAUUGUCUGUAAUUCUGUAGGACCUGGAAUCUCAAAAAUUAAUGUUCAGAGAUCUCAUAAUCAAAGUACUAUGUUCACUCUAAAAGAAUCAGCCUUGAUUCAAAAAAAUAUAUUUGACCUUUCCAACCAUUUGUCUCAGGUAGCACAGAAUACACAGAUAUCUUCAAGUAUAAUGUCUCCAAAGACAGAAGAUAAUUCAAACAUACAAAAAAACCAUUUGUCAUCUAUUGGAAAGUUAAAUGAAUAUCGCAAUUCCCUAGAAUCAAAGCCGGACCAGGCAUAUGCUCCUAAUUUUUUGCAUUGCAAAGAUAGUCAGCAGCAGAUUGUGUGCAUGGCAGAACAGUCAAAGCACAGUGAAAUUUGUUCUCCAGGAAAUGCAGCUUCAGAGGAAAGCCAAAUGCCUAAUAAUUGCUUUGUAACUUCCUUAAGAAGUCCAAUCAAACAAAUAGCAUGGGAGCAAAAACAAAGAGGCUUUAUUUUAGAUAUGUCAAAUUUUAAACCUGAAAGGGUAAAACAAAGGUCAUUGUCAGAAGCAAUUUCACAAACUAAAGCACUUUCUCAGUGUAAAAAUCGAAAUGUGUCAACACAUUCAGCAUUUGGCGAAGGACAGUCUGGACUGGCAGUUCUAAAAGAAUUGUUACAAAAAAGACAGCAGAAAGCACAAAAUGCAAAUAUUAUGCAAGACCCAUUACCUAAUAAACAUCAACCAAACAAAAAUAUUUCUGGUUCCCUUGAACAUAACAAAGCAAAUAAAAGGACACGAUCAGUAACAUCUCCAAGAAAACCUCGAACUCCCAGAAGUACAAAAGCUAAAGAAAAAGUUCCCAAACUUCUAAAAGUAGACUCUCUAAAUUUACAAAACUCUAGCCAGUUGGAUAACUCUCUAUCAGAUGAUAGUCCCAUCUUUUUUUCAGACCCAGGUUUUGAAAGUUGUUAUUCACUUGAAGAUAGCUUAUCUCCUGAACAUAAUUAUAAUUUUGAUAUUAACACAAUAGGUCAGACUGGAUUUUGUAGCUUUUAUUCUGGAAGUCAGUUUGUCCCAGCUGAUCAGAAUUUGCCUCAAAAGUUCUUAAGUGAUGCUGUUCAGGAUCUUUUUCCAGGACAAGCUAUAGAAAAAAAUGAGUUUUUAAGUCACGACAACCAGAAGUCUGAUGAAGAUAAGCAUCAUGUCUCAGACUCAACCUCGUGGAUUAGAUCUGGUACUUUAAGUCCUGAACUUUUUGAGAAAUCAUCCAUGGAUAGCAAUGAGAAUCAUCGGCACAACCAGUGGAAAACUAGCUUUCAUCCUCUUACAACUCGGUCUAAUUCAAUAAUGGAUUCUUUCUGUGUUCAGCAGGCAGAGGCCUGUCUAAAUGAAAAAUCCAGAUUGAAUAGGAGUUCUGUAAGCAAAGAAGUGUUUCUUAGCCUCCCACAGCCAAGCAAUUCAGACUGGAUUCAAGGUCACACCAGAAAAGAAAUGGGACAGUCUCUUGACUCAGUUAAUACCUCUUUUACUACAAUACUCUCCUCCCCUGAUGGUGAACUUGUGGAUGUAGCCUCUGAAGAUUUAGAACUGUAUGUUUCAAGAAACAAUGACAUGUUGACACCAACUCCUGAUAGUUCACCAAGGUCUACCAGCUCUCCUUCACAAUCUAAAAAUGGCAGUUUCACCCCUCGAACUGCUCACAUUCUAAAACCACUUAUGUCCCCACCAAGUAGGGAAGAAAUUAUGGCAACUUUGUUGGAUCAUGACCUUUCUGAAACUGUUUACCAGGAACCAUUUUGCAGUAAUCCUUCUGAUGUACCAGAAAAGCCCAGGGAGAUUGGUGGACGGCUUCUCAUGGUGGAAACUCGACUUCCAAAUGAUCUGGCUGAGUUUGAGGGAGACUUUUCCUUGGAAGGACUUCAUCUGUGGAAAACUGCAUUCUCAGCAAUGACUCAGAAUCCAAGACCAGGGUCACCCCUUCGCAAUGGCCCAGGAAUUGUCAAUAAAGGGUCAAGUAAUAGCCAUAAAAUGGUUGAAGAUAAAAAAAUUGUGAUUAUGCCUUGCAAAUGUGCCCCAAGUAGACAACUGGUUCAAGUGUGGCUUCAAGCCAAAGAAGAAUAUGAACGUUCCAAGAAACUUCCUAAAAUUGAGCCAAGUGGAGUAAAAUCUGCUGAGAACUUUAGCUCUUCAGUUAACCCAGAUGACAAAUCUGUAAUGCCACCAAAAGUAGAUGUAAGUCCACAUAUACUCCCCACUACAGCACAUACCGAGGAAGAUGUUGAUAAUUCUCAGAUUGUUUUACAAGUACCAACCACAGGAUGCAGUCAAACUGCAAGUGAAAAUCAGAUACUACCACCAGUUGCUUCUGCAAGUGAUCCUGAGAAAGAUGAAGAUGAUGAUAACUAUUAUGUUAGUUAUAGUCCUCCUGGUUCUCCAGUAAUUCCCCCUUGGCAACAAGCAACAUCCCCAGAUUCCAGAGCAUUAAAUAGAGAUGAUAGACCCUCAUCACCAGUAGAGAACCUACGUUCUUUGGCUGUUGAGAAUUUCUUAAAGCCAAUAAAAAAUAGUAUACAGAAGAGCCCCUGCAGUGAGCCUCGGGAACGUCUAGUGAUAUCUCCAAUUAACGCUAGGGCAAGAACAGGGAAAUGUGAAUCACUUUGCCUUCAUAGUACACCAGUCAUACAGAGAAAACUGGAAAGGCUUCCUGAAGUAACUGACCUUAGCCCUUUAUCAACAGAACCAAAAACCCAGAAGUUGAGUAAUAAGAAAGGAUGUAAAACUGACUCUCUUAGAAGAGUACUCUUAACACAAGCAAAGAAUCAAUUUGCAGCAGUAAAUAGCCCAAAGAAAGAAACUUCUCAAAUUGAUGGACCAUCUUUAAACAAUACUUAUGGUUUCAAAGUCAGCAUACAAAACUUACAGGAGGCAAAAGCUUUACAUGAGAUACAAAAUCUUACCCUUAUCAGUGUGGAGUUACAUGCUCGAACUAGAAGAGACUUAGAACCAGAUCCUGAAUUUGACCCAAUCUGUGCUCUGUUCUACUGCAUCUCAUCUGACACUCCACUACCAGAUACAGAAAAAACAGAACUCACAGGUGUAAUAGUGAUUGAUAAAGACAAGACAGUUUCCAGUCAAGAUAUCAGAUAUCAGACCCCAGUACUUAUUAGAUCUGGAAUUACAGGACUAGAAGUUACCUAUGCUGCUGACGAGAAGGCACUUUUCCAAGAAAUUGCAAAUAUAAUAAAGAGGUAUGAUCCUGAUAUUCUACUAGGAUAUGAGAUUCAGAUGCAUUCCUGGGGCUAUCUCUUACAAAGGGCUGCUACUUUAAGUGUUAACUUAAGUCAGAUGAUCUCUCGGGUGCCAGAUGACAAAAUUGAGAACAGAUUUGCAGCUGAAAGAGAUGAGUAUGGAUCAGAUACAAUGAGUGAGAUAAAUAUUGUUGGCCGAAUUACACUGAAUCUUUGGAGGAUCAUGAGAAAUGAGGUGGCUCUAACUAACUACACCUUUGAAAAUGUGGGCUUUCACAUUCUUCAUCAGCGUUUUCCCCUCUUUACCUUUCGGGUCUUGUCAGAUUGGUUUGAUAACAAGACAGAUCUAUACAGAUGGAAAAUGGUUGAUCAUUAUGUUAGCCGUGUCCGUGGAAAUCUCCAAAUGUUAGAACAGCUGGACCUGAUUGGGAAAACCAGUGAAAUGGCUAGACUUUUUGGCAUUCAGUUUUUACAUGUACUGACAAGAGGUUCACAGUAUCGUGUGGAAUCAAUGAUGUUGCGUAUUGCUAAACCAAUGAACUAUAUUCCUGUGACACCUAGUGUUCAGCAAAGAUCCCAAAUGAGAGCCCCACAGUGUGUUCCCCUAAUUAUGGAGCCUGAAUCCCGCUUCUAUAGCAACUCUGUUCUCGUUUUGGAUUUCCAGUCACUUUAUCCUUCUAUUGUGAUUGCAUACAACUACUGUUUUUCUACCUGCCUUGGCCAUGUGGAAAACUUGGGAAAGUAUGAUGAGUUCAAAUUUGGCUGUACCUCUCUAAGAGUACCUCCAGAUUUACUUUACCAAAUUAGGCAUGAUAUCACAGUGUCCCCCAAUGGAGUAGCUUUUGUCAAGCCUUCAGUAAGAAAGGGUGUGCUACCAAGAAUGCUUGAAGAAAUUUUGAAGACUAGAUUUAUGGUGAAGCAGUCAAUGAAGGCUUACAAGCAAGACAGAGUCCUGUCACGAAUGCUCGAUGCACGUCAGCUAGGACUUAAGCUGAUAGCAAAUGUCACAUUUGGCUAUACAUCUGCUAAUUUUUCUGGGAGAAUGCCAUGCAUUGAGGUUGGUGAUAGCAUUGUUCACAAAGCCAGAGAGACCUUGGAACGAGCUAUUAAGCUGGUGAAUGACACCAAGAAAUGGGGUGCUAGGGUUGUAUAUGGCGAUACUGACAGUAUGUUUGUGCUACUGAAAGGAGCCACUAAGGAGCAGUCUUUUAAGAUUGGUCAGGAAAUUGCUGAAGCUGUAACAGCUACCAAUCCUAAACCAGUGAAACUGAAGUUUGAAAAGGUAUAUUUGCCCUGUGUUUUGCAAACAAAAAAGAGGUAUGUGGGUUACAUGUAUGAAACACUGGAACAAAAGGACCCAAUAUUCGAUGCAAAAGGAAUAGAAACAGUUAGAAGAGAUUCCUGUCCUGCUGUUUCCAAGAUACUUGAGCGUUCUCUAAAGCUGCUAUUUGAAACAAGAGAUAUAAGUCUAAUUAAACAGUAUGUUCAGCGACAAUGUAUGAAGCUUCUGGAAGGAAAGGCCAGCAUACAAGAUUUUAUCUUUGCCAAGGAAUACAGAGGAAGUUUUUCUUAUAAACCUGGAGCUUGUGUGCCAGCCCUUGAACUUACAAGGAAAAUGCUUACUUAUGACCGGCGCUCUGAGCCUCGAGUUGGGGAGCGAGUGCCCUAUGUCAUCAUUUAUGGGACCCCUGGAGUACCACUUAUCCAGCUGGUAAGGCGCCCGGUGGAAGUCCUGCAGGACCCGACUCUAAGACUGAAUGCCACUUACUAUAUGACCAAGCAAAUCCUUCCACCCCUGGCAAGAAUCUUCUCACUUAUUGGUAUUGAUGUCUUCAGCUGGUAUCAUGAAUUACCAAGGAUCCAGAAAGCCACCAGCUCCUCUCGAAAUGAAAUUGAAGGGCGGAAAGGCACUAUUUCACAAUAUUUCACUACCUUACACUGUCCUGUGUGCGAUGACCUGACUCAGCACGGCAUCUGUAGCAAAUGUCGGAGCCAACCUCAGCAUGUUGCAGUCAUCCUCAGCCAAGAAAUUCGAGAGUUGGAACGUAAACAGGAGCAACUUGUAAAGAUAUGCAAGAACUGUACAGGUUGCUUUGAUCGACAUAUCCCAUGUGUUUCUCUGAACUGCCCAGUACUUUUCAAACUCUCCCGAGUAAAUAGAGAAUUAUCCAAGGCACCAUAUCUCCGGCAGUUACUAGACCAGUUUUAAAUCGUCAAUAUCGCAGAAUUCCAGGUGCUAUUUUUUUCAGUGUUCACCACUAAACUGUUGUGCAUGGUGCUUUUUCAACUUUCAUCGAGUCAAGGAUGUUCAUUGUCUAUUAUCUGAAGACUAUGAAGACUUUUAUGCCAACUGAAGUAAAAAUUGUACUUGUUGAUCUGAAUAGCUCACUUCUUAUUACUACAAUGUAUAAAUUCCUCAUUCUUUCACCUUUUUAACAUUGUUUUAUAAUGCAGGUGUUGGAUUUGCUCCAGUAUGUGUACCAUCUUGUAAAUCCAUUUGAGUAGAUCAUGUUUACUUCCCUGUGGAAGGAGCACUGAAAACCUCUUAAAGAAAAAACAUUCGUGUGUUUUCCUUGAACUGUCUGUAUCAGGACGUGUUACUUAGAGAUAUCCAUUCACUUUAUAAUUUUGACUGCAAAAUAUUUUGUAAAUACACUUUUUUACUUUUCAAACAACUGAGUAAAAUAAUGUGCAAUGAAUUUUAUACAAAUGAUUUUCAAGUUGUUUGGUAUAUUUCCUCUAGGUUUUGCUUGACUCAGAGUAGAUCCUUAUUUUGAUCAAACUGUGCAAACAAUAGUACCAUGUGUAUGUAGCAUUUUGAAACAUUAUUUUCUAAAAACCGCUGUCUUGCUUUAGCUAUUAAUGGGGCAUUGUGAGGAACUGUGCAAAGACAUUUUUGUUACAAACCUGUGGGCCUGUUGCAAUACUUUAAAAAUAAAAAAUUUUAUUCCAUUUUUGCUUGUUUUGUAUAGACAUUUCUAUUGCUUCUAAAUAUGCUUAAAAUAUUUUCUUUCCUUAUGUACUGUACAGUUAAUCUUAUUUGCCAUCAUCUUGAACACAAAACGUGUAUUUAGAAUAUUUGUAUAACUGUAUAAAAUGAAAAAGGAACUAUGUGGUCAGUGCAUUGUUUUUUAAACUGGAAAUCAUUUUGUUUUAAAAGUUAAUAAUGGAAACCAUAUUAAAAUUGAAUAAAAUAUGAAAUA